CAAGCGUUUGAAGCGAAAUUGACGCGCGUCCGAGGCGAAAUCCGCUUCUUGUGGGAGGGGCAAGUGCUAGGCGGUUGUCUGUUUGCAAGAUGGCUGAUGUUGAUCGAGCAUUCAUCGAGAGAGUUACCACUUUGUAUUUGCUCUGGAGAGCAGAACAGCGGCGUAGGGGUCAGCGUCGCCGUACUUGGGUCCACCAGACCCUCCGGAGGCGUUCCCAGUUUGGCGAGUUUCAUCAUUUGCUCCAGGAGCUGCGCCUGGAUGACGGCCGAUUUCAGCGGUACUUCCGCCUGUCUCGCGCCCAAUUUGAUGACCUCUUGUCCCGCGUCGGAGUGAGGAUCACCCUCCAGGACACCAACUACAGGCGCUCUAUCCCAGCUGCGGAGCGCCUGUCCAUCUGUCUUCGGUUUCUUGCCACUGGGGACUCAUUCAGGACCAUAGCGUCCAGCUACAGGGUUGGUGUCUCCACGGUGUGCCAGAUCGUCCCCCAGGUAGUGACUGCCAUCUGGGACUGCCUUGUGGAGGACUACAUGGCUGUGCCCACCACUGAUGACUGGAGGUCCAUCGCAGAGGGAUUCCAGGAGCGGUGGAACUUCCCUCUGUGCUGUGGAGCGGUGGAUGGGAAGCAUGUGGUGAUGAAGGCACCCCCCAACUCAGGAUCCCAGUUCCACAAUUACAAGGGAACCUUCUCCAUCGUUCUCCUUGCAGUUGUGGAUGCGAAGUAUCGCUUCCGGGUGAUCGAUGUUGGGGGGUACGGCAGGACCAGUGACGGUGGGAUUCUGGGGAACUCCGCCUUUGGACUGGCUCUCCGGGCUGGCACACUUCAUCUGCCUCCUGACCAGCCUCUACCUGGUGCUGAAGAAAGAGGACCCCAGCCCCAUGUUUUCGUCGCUGAUGAGGCGUUCCCGCUGCGGAGGAACCUCAUGCGGCCCUUCCCUGGACGCACCCUUCCCUUCUUCACUGACCCUGCUGCUGACCCACUCCUCUUCUCCAUCUCCUUCCUCUUCUCCUUCAGGUAG